CCUCGAUCUUUUUUCACUGCACUGCAGAGUUCAAUAGUUAGCAGCAAACAAUUGGCAAUGUUGCGUUUAUUGUCUAGGAACAGCGUAUAUAUUCUUCAGUUACAAAUGUCUAGACAUUUAGUAACAGAUCCAAAAUAUGGAUUUCUGAAACAAUUAGGUCUUACCACAGAGAACCCGGGUCUUUAUGACGGACGAUGGGGAGGAUCUGGCAAGGUCAUAGAGUCAAUUUCACCAGCUACUGGAAAAGUAAUAGCAAAAGUUCGAACAUCAACUGUUCAAGAGGCAAGUAAUGCCAUUACAGAAGCUCGUAAGGCUUGGCCUCAGUGGGCAUCACUACCAGCACCAACAAGAGGCGAAAUAGUACGGCAAAUUGGAGAGGAACUUCGAAAUAAUUUAAAACCAUUAGGACGAUUAGUGUCUUUAGAAAUGGGGAAAAUAUUGCCAGAAGGUAUUGGAGAAGUGCAGGAGUAUAUUGACAUAUGUGAUUAUGCUGUUGGCUUAUCUAGGAUGCUACCUGGCAGUAUAUUUCCAUCAGAAAGAAAGAAUCAUGCACUUUUAGAAAAAUGGAAUCCCCUUGGUGUUAUUGGAGUCAUUUCUGCAUUUAAUUUUCCUGUUGCAGUAUAUGGUUGGAACAGUGCAAUAGCAAUGGUUUGUGGAAAUGCGAUUGUUUGGAAAGGAGCACUUACUACUCCAUUAGUAUCUAUUGCAACUACAAAAAUUAUUACAGGAGUAUUAGAACGAAAUGGAGUACCAGGCUCUAUUGCAUGUUUAGUAACAGGAGGAUCAGAUGUUGGUGAAACCAUUGUUAAUGAUACGCGUGUACCUCUUGUUUCAUUUACUGGAAGCACUAAUGUUGGAAGAAACGUGGCUCUUAAGGUUCAAGAACGAUUUGGAAAGUGUUUGUUAGAGUUAGGAGGCAAUAAUGCAUUGAUAAUUGCGCAAGAUGCAGAUCUAGAAAUGGCAAUUAGAGCAGUAGUAUUCUCCUGUGUGGGAACAACUGGGCAGAGAUGUACCACUACUAGAAGAUUAAUCCUUCACAGCAAGAUAAAAGAUGAAUUUUUAGGUAAAAUUGUAGAUUUCAAUAGUGCUUUAAAAAGUGGUGGUAAAAUUGAAUUUGGUGGCAAGCAAAUAGAAAGACUUGGCUUUUAUGUUGAACCAACAAUUAUUUCUGGUUUAUCACCUAAAGCUGAAAUAGUUCAAAAAGAGACUUUUGCACCAAUUGUAUACAUUUUUGAAGUAAAUUCUUUAGAAGAUGCUAUUGCUCUUAAUAAUGGUGUACAACAAGGACUGAGCAGUUCCCUCUUUACCAAAAGCAUAGGAAAUGUAUUUCAGUGGAUUGGUCCACAUGGUUCUGAUUGUGGAAUAAUAAACGUUAAUAUUGGGACGAGCGGAGCAGAAAUUGGAGGUGCAUUCGGAGGAGAAAAAGCUACGGGUGGUGGUCGCGAAAGUGGAAGUGAUGCAUGGAAACAUUAUAUGCGACGUGCAACUAUAACUAUUAAUUAUGGAAAUGAAUUGCCAUUGGCACAAGGCAUAAAGUUUGAAUAAUCAAUUAGGAUGUAUAAUUGGUUUCAUAAAAAUAUUUCACUGAUUUAAUUCAAAUCGUAUAAAAUCCACAUGAACA